AUGACGUGCGCGGAGUUCCCGGAGACGGUGUUCGAACGACGGUUCGGGACGACGAUUGGGGAAUUUGAAUCGAUCGCGAUCGCGAACGCGGCGAGCGACGACGCGACGCGAGCGGCGUUGGAGACGUGUGACGUCGUGAUCGUGGCGCACGAGAGCGGACGGAAGGCGAUGAAGGGGGCGGAGAUGGUGCGCGCGUGGGCGAAGGGGGCGAAACGGGUGGUGUGCUUGUCGAGGGUUGGGGUGAAUCGACGGACGCGGAGACCGUUCGACGGACAGAAUAAACCGGCCAAGGCGGCGGUGUCGGUGGGUGGGAUGUCGCUGCCGAUCGGGGAACCCUUGGACGGGGGCGUCGGCGCGCUCGAUGCGUUCGCGAAGGCGGAGGAGACGUUGCGAGCGGGACGGGCGACGCUCGGGUACGAACUCUCCAUCGUGCGCUCGGGGCAGCUUCGCGGAAACGGACCGCUGCUGCUCGCCGAUUACUCGGCGCGUCUCGUGGAUAACCUGAUGGACGUCAAGUAUCAGGAUAUCUUCAUCAACGUCGGUGAUACCUCGGAGGGAUACACGAAGAGACUGAAUCUCGCGCAGUUCAUCGCGCACGUCUCCACGACGCGCGCGGACGACGCGCCGGAGGACGUCGCGGUGCUCUCCGUCGUCACCGAGACGGGCAUGUUCGGCGAGAAGACGCUCACCGAACCCACCGACAGAGAGCGUCGCAAGGGAUACGACAUGGCUAAAGGUAAGAUCCCGCCGCCGGUCUCCACCGACGUCAUCGACCGACUGUUAGACGAAGCCAUCGCGGCUGGCCCGUAG